GUCAUUUAUGAAAGUAAGAUCUUCACUUCAGUGUUUCUAAAUCUUCAUUUUCAUCUCUGUCAUAUACAAAACUAUCUAGUAUCUAGGACCACCGAGAAGUUCUCGCUAACCUCAAAUCCUCAAGAGGAACUCUGAUGCAUCCACGACAUCCUACCUAUCACAUAUCCCCGCUAACUUGAACUGAUAGCCAGCCAAGUUGCGGCUUCUUUGCCUGCCCGAGCUUAACUUAACCAUUAAGAUCCUUGAUUUUCACUUGUUGAUUCAAACAGGUGAAGUUAUACUUCUCAACCGCUCGAGUGUCGAUUUUCUACAAUGCUAGCAAGACUAUUCUCGUCUCCGUAUAAGUCAACACUUUUGUGUAUUCUCAAAUCAUAAGAUUGCGAACAUGGCAGCUUAUGAUACUCUGACCAUUUCAUCGUCAACCUCAUCUCACAACAUUCUACGAUUAACAGCUCCGGAUUCAAGGAGUAAUCAAUUCAAUAUGGACACCUUUGAACAUGAUUUAAAUUUCGAGGCGGAUGGGUUGUUGUAUGUUUGCUCCGGAGGAGUUCUUAAGGAUAGAAAAUGGAAGAGGAUAUAUACUAACGGUUGAGGAGAAGGGACGAUGUAAACACAGGAAUGCCAUCAUUACCAUUCACACCCUCGUACGAAUUAUCUGAAGCUUUUUCCACUACGUUCGAAGAUCCCUUUUCCUAUCACGCUGGACCUUUCGAAUCACUUCUUGAUGACCCAAACCCAGAAAAUAAUGGCCAUACCAAUUCUAGCGAUCCCGAUAAUAAAUUACUAGGCUUUGGCGCACCAAUAAUGAAAACGCCAAUUUUGGAUGAUAAUGGACAGACUUGGCCAGCCAUGACUGCAGAAUUAUACGGAAUGUUCUUUGUGGCCGAAGAUGUAUUUGGGGGUGAAACUGCGGGGAGACCCAUGGAAUUGACUUGUUAUCGGCGGAAUCUAUUUCAAAUUUCUGGAAACAUUAUCUUAUCGAGAUCCAUUACGAGAAUAAUAAAUGACCAGGGCCAACAUGUUCCAAUAUAUAAUUUGAUUGCGACGAUAUCUGCUUUAGAAAGCAUUGAGGGAAAGAGCACGGAGAUCAUCACUGUACCAUGGAAGACGGCGAAUGUGACGACUUCUGAAGACAGAGCUGGUGCUGCACCACCUCAGUGGCCCUUGGACUUGGGCAUCAGUCCGGAGCUGGAUCCUACAUGUGUAUCUAUUCCUAUGGCGUGGAAGCGAUUGCAAUUCAAACAUGCGACAGCAAAUAAUGGAAGAAGGAAAGGACUACAACAACAUUAUGUUAUACAAAUUAAUUUGAUGGCUACAUUAGCCACCGGGGAAAAGAUAAAGUUGGCUGAGAUUCAAUCGGGGGCAAUUAUCGUGAGAGGAAGGAGUCCGAGAAAUUUUGAUAGCAGGAAAGACGUCCCUCUUAGUGAUAAGAAGGGAGAAUCAAAACCUAGGACUAUGAGCAACGAAGUUGGAACGACGGUAAAAGUUGAUCCAGCAACCUCUCAGUCUUCCUAUCGCUUUUACGCUCCGAAUGCUGUUCAAGUAUGUCACAUCACAUUUUCAUCCCUUUAGUACACCUUGUUUUUCCGAAUAUGAAACUAACUUAUUCUCAGCAACCACUAGACUUACUACCUGAUUGGCCUACCAGUCUCGCAUCUUCAUCUCUAACACCUGAGCAGCCACCAACGCCUUCACAACGUACAAAGAGGAAUUCAUCUCAUAAUCGUCCCCCAAUUCCCAAAGCUCGCUGGAAAGUAGAUUCUUCAACUACUAGAUCUACGACCCAAAACCCUGCAGCCCCAAUAGACCUCUCUCUAGCUGAUGAUGACACGGGAUAUACGAACUCCCAGGUUUCGUCUAGGAAUUCAUCGGGUCUUUCCGAUAGAGAUAGGGAUAGAGGUGGAGGUCAGAGAGGUAAUGCGGAGAAAGAUGGCGGAGUGAGUGCGAGGACCGGUUCUUCGAAGAAAGCGAUCAGUGUGGGUAGUCCCGAGGAUAACGAGGAAGCACUUUAUGAAUAUUUCCCAUUAAGUUUGGAUGAUUGGUUGGUUUAUUCUUUUUUUUUCUCCGGCCUUAACCAAAUCCAUCUUUCAAAUCUCACUCAAAUGCGUCCUUUUUGAUCCCAAGAAUGGAGGUGUCAAGAGAUAAGAGGAUCGAGUAGAAUAGAGGUUACGACCAGUGUAAAAGAGUAUGCUAACAGGGUAAUAUAGGAUGCCACCAGUAGAUGCGAUUUAUAGGCCUCAUGUUGUACAUCACACCGUUGUGCCAGAAGAUUUAAAAGCGCAACAGGGGAAGGCCAAGACAAAGAGAUAUUUUUCAGCAGACGAUUGAUUCUUCUGAACUUUGGCGAAAGUAUCUGUCUGGGGAAUGGAAUUGCAACGCCAUGCCGUCGAGUUUCAUCAAAAUAGCAUGAUCAUCGACUAAACCUGAUGGUCAUUAGAGUGUCCAUUUGACGGGAAUGACUUGGCAUUUAUAGAUAUAUCUAUCAUUGCAUGCAAUACCAGAGUGUUGUUAGGGCUGGCUUUAAGCAGAAGUCAAACGAAAGGUCAGCUGAUUACUGUUGUAUUCAGCACAGGGCGAUGAAUGUGGGAGACGAUCAUCACGAAUUACCGCGGAAAUUGAUCUAAUCGACUUAAUGUUGAGAUGGUUAAGAGAUUGGCAAACGAGAAGACAAAGGUGAUUGAAGCAAGAGAAACGAUGAGCUAUCGUGAUCAUGACAAACAUAUGUCAUGCUCCGAAAAUGCGCUCAUCAUCAAGGUCGUUGGAGAUUGGAGAUUGUGAUGGAUCAAUCCACUGUAGAAAGGCGAAAAUUGCCUCAAGUUCAAAAUCCAGAGUGUAAUGAUUUCAUAGCCACUAAGCACAAGAUCAAAAUCGUCAUAAAUAACACCAGUAAAUUUGUUUAUAUAUUCCAUCCACGGCGCAUCACUUGUCCCGGCCUAGAAACCCUGACUCGGGCAUUUUUCCAUGGUUUCCGAGUCAAGGAGAUCGAAUAGAAUAAGACAGCGAACGAAAGAGACCGGGAAGGAUUACCAGGGAGGGAAAGUGCAUGUCAUGUUAGAAAAAUUCUCGGGGAAAUUGUGGUUUAAAUAUCGGAUUGGAAACUGUAUCAUCAAUUUGGAGUUUCGGUACGAAUUUUUCAUGAUGUGGGUUAAUCCUUGUAGGCGGCAAUGAAGGGUUCUCUCAUUCUGGUAACUAGUUUUCGUUAUUUCCGUUGGAAGUUAUGGGUUUUGCCAUUAUGGUGAUUGUUAUCGGGGGUUUAUGUCCUGAAGGGCUAAAGGGCUGGAUAAGGAUGCUGGAAUGGUGGGAUGGAUGCGGUUUUGCAUUUAUUUGAUGAAGAUGUAGGAUAUAGCAUAGAGGAUGUAGGAAUCAAAAUGGCACACUCGUGUAUUGCGCGUCGAAGAUUGUUCGGUUCUGGUUUUAGCUGAGGUUGCAAUGUUGGUGUGGUUUGGGUUGUGC